UUUCUAAAAUUAUUGACAUACGAAUAGGUAAUUGGAAUUUUAGUGAUGAUUUAUGACAUUUUAAAUAUAAUAUAAAACAUUAUAUGUUUAUCAUAUUCAAUCCAAUUUGGGGUUUGUUGUUGUUGAUUCAUUGAAGUCGUAUGAGGUCUUAUUGACAGAUACACAUCAUAUUUGUAUAUUGUAUUAUGAAUUUGAUUACAUGCGCAAGCAUGAUUUUCAUGACAUUUGCCCAUUAUUUCCUACUGUAUCAUGCUACAGUUUCCAUUUCUCACAUAUGACUAAGAGUCUCCCUGUUGUGUUUUUUAAUUUCUUCACCAGAUUGCAUAUAUGAGAAUGUCUGUCAUGUUUAUCUGUGUGAGACUCCCUUAUUUUACAUAAUAUAAUGAUCUGCAAUUCUAUUCAAUUUCCUACAAAUAACAAAAAGAGUGACAGAAAAAUAUUUCUCUGAGAAUGCACGCAACCCUGGGCCAUGUAUUAGCAACUGUCUUUUUGUGUUCUGAUUAACAGAAACUCUACACUGUGUUUGAGCCUCCAAAAUGACCCAAGGGUUGGAUUCAGAAACAAAUCACAAAUGAAAUAUCUUUCAUUGAGAAUUGCUUUUAAUUUACUCUUUCUUUUACAUGUACAGUUCUUUCUUGAAUGUAUGUUUGUGAAGUUUGUUUAUGUCUGGUGCCACAGAGGCAGGAAGAAGUUUUCAGAUCCUUAGGAACUGGAUUUAAAGUUGUAAAGGCUGGACUCUGAUCUUGGUUCUAUAGAAGAAGCAGCUGCUGCUCUUAACCACUCAACCCUCUCUCAUUUCUGUUUUGAAUUUAAAGAUAAAUACCUUGGAAUAGUUUAAGAGUACAACUGAACCUCCAAAAGUGUUCAGCUAUGUAUGCUACUGUCUACUUGGGUAAGAUUAGAACUUUCAAAUGGAGUUUUAAAAAUAUACAGUAUGGGCUAGAGAGAUGGUUCAGCAGUUAAGAGCACUGGCUGUUCUUCCAGAGGUGCUAAGUUCAAUUCCCAGAAACCACUCGGUGGGUCACAACUAUUUGCAAUAGGAUCUAAUCCCCUCUUCUGGUGUGUCUGAAGACAGCUACAGUGUACUUAUAUACAAAAAAGAAAAAUAUAUUUCUUUAAAAAUUAUAGUGUGAUCUACUGAAUAAAAUUCUUUAUAACAUGCAUAUUUGCCUUUUAGGUCAUUAACAUUCUGCUUCUUAAUAUAACUGCAGUCAGAAGAUUUUUACUUUCAACCCACCUACUUCAAUCCUUUCUAUCCUCUGAGGUUCUCAAGAAUCCCUGGAAUGAAGUUCCCAGAGGUACCACACCUGGACCUGCAAUACUGGGGAGCUCGACAUUUCUUUAAACUUCCCUCCUCCUGAUGUGUCAGUCAGUAUAUUUUCCCCCACAACAUCAGUAUGUAAUGAGCUUUAUACUUCAGUUGGAUCUGUUUUCACUGAAGGCCUGCCUGAGAUGAUGUUUCCAAGCAACACCCUCUUGGGGGUUUUCUUUAUAUCUGAGCUCUGUGUGGGUGUCAUAGGGAACUCAUUGCUCUUCAUGGUGUAUGUGCACAACUUCUUGGUUAAAGCUUACAUUAGUAGACCAAUCAAUCCCAUUUUCAUGCACCUGGUGAUAGUCAAUAUGUUGACAAUCAUAUUUGCUCUGAUACCAUAUAUCACUUCAUCCUUUGGAGUACCCAAUUUUCUGGAUGAUGCUGGCUGUAAGGCCAUUGUGUAUGCCUACAGAGUCACCCGGGCUAUGUCCAUCUCUACCACUUCUAUUCUAAGCAUAUUCCAAGCCAUCACCAUCACUCCCAGUAAUUCUAAGUGGGCAAGGCUUAAGCCUAAACUCUCUAUAUGGACAUUUGACUCCUUCCUGUUUUCCUGGUUCAUCAACCUGGUCAUAUAUGUGCUCCUCAUUGAGACUGUGAUAGCGAAAAUCAAUUACACUGAGAUUGAAUAUGCAUAUUCUCAUGUUUACUGUGGAAAUGUUCCACUUGAGUAUCCCAAUGUGGAAUUAUUCCUGAGUGUUAUCAUAAUAAGAGAUUUGUUCUUUAUGGCCAUCCUGGUAUGGACCAGCCUCUACAUGGUGACCCUCCUCUGCAGGCACCAAAAAAGAGCCAAACAUCUCCGCAACCCAAACCUCUCCUCCCAAUCUUCUCCUGAACACAAAGCCACUCACACAAUCCUGUUGAUUGUAAACUGUUUUGUGUUCUUUUAUUUGUUGAACAACUUUUCCACCAUUUAUGACAAGUUUUGUACUAAUGAAAGAAUGCCAAGUUGGGGGGCAAUUAUCGCCAUUGUGGCAUCAUUGUACCCCACUCUCUGCCCAUUUUUACUGUUGAACACUCAUAAAAUUAUUUCACAGUAUAUUUCUUCCCUACCAAUACUGAGAAUUACUUGUUAUCAAAGAGCAGUUGGUGACUGAUAUGAAGUCCAGGUAUUCUCAUCAUCAAACAAGUCUGUCUAGGGAUUUUUGUGAUAUGUUGGAAGCUGUGUGGCUCUUGAGUCCUUGCUAUGGUUGUAAUUGGAAUUCCCACAAGUUGUACACUUUUCAGGUUUUAGGUUUUUAAUAUUCUGGAUCAAUAAAAAUGCAUCUACACCAUGUCAUAUUUACUGUCUAUUGAAAUUUUAAUGCUUUGGAGCAUAUACAAUAAAAACUGGUCUUCUUAAUCUCCACAUAAGUGCCAUGAUAAACACACUCCCAUUUUGUACACAUGACCAUACAGAUAUACUUACACACACAAAGAUAAAUAGAUAAAGCAGAUAGGUAGGUAGCUAGGUACAUCAAUAGGCAAUAGAUAUAGGAUAGAUUUUUUCAAAAAUUUUUGACACUUUGAAAAGUCUUUAUUUCACUUGUAUUUUUUUUGUCUUGUUUUGUUUUUUGAGUCAGGAUCUCUGUAGAUAGCCCAGGCUUUUCUUGGAACUCAUUAUGUAGACCACGAUAGCCUCGAACUCAAGAGAUAUUAGUGCCUCUGCAUCCUGAAAGCUGGGAAUAAAGUCAUACCCACCACAGCAGACUAAUUUAGAAAUGUUUUCAUUCUAUUCUGUGAUGUUUUUCAGCUUAAAAUUGGUAAUUAGGAGACAAAAAAUUAUUUGGGUCUGUGAUAAAAUUUCUCUUUUUUGAAACAUAAAAGGUUUUUAUUAGAGCAGUUUGAAUUUAGAAGAGAUGUCCUGAAUGAAAGAUACCACAUGAGGUAAGUGAUGAACCUUUUAAAUAGAGACAAAAAUCUUUUGAUCUCUCUUUUUUUAUCUUUAUUAAAUUGUGUAUUUCUUAUUUACAUUUCAAAUAUUAUUCCCUUUCCCAUUUCUAGGCUAAUAACCACAUAACCCCUCUGACUCCCCUUGUUUGUGGGUACUCCCCUCCCCAUCCUCUCACCAUUACUGCACUCCCCAUAACAACCCAAUCACUCGGGGCCUAGCCUUGGCAGGGCCAAGGGCUUCCCCUUCCACUGGUGCCCCUACUAGGUUAUUCAUUGCUACCUAUGUUUUGGAGCUCAGGGUCAGUCCUUGUAUAA